AUGGCAAAUCGUUAUUCUCGAAAUCUUAGUGCGUCAUUGUAUAUUCGCAAUGUAAGCGAACGAGCUCGAUAUGAAGAUUUAAAACGUUUAUUUUCACGCUAUGGAAAAAUCGUUGAUAUUACAGUCCCACUCGAUUAUUAUACAAGAGAUUCAAAAGGUUAUGCGUUUGUUGAAUUUGAAGAAGCUCGUGAUGCUGAAGAAGCACUUUAUGCACUGGAUCAUUAUCGUUUACUUGGACGCGAAUUAGAAGUCGAGUUUGCUCGUGGAGAUCGAAAAACUCCAUCAGAAAUGAGAUCAAGAGAAAAAGAAUCGCGAUAUAAUGGAUCGAAUGGGCGAGGUGGAGCAUUUCGACGAGAUUAUGAUCGAGGGAAAGAGAGACAUACGUCAAGAUCGAGAAGUCGCAGCCGUGAUCGUCGAGUAAAAAGUUACUCACGCGAACGUUCAUUAGGAAACAAAAAGCGUUCAAGCCGAUCGGGUUCAAGAGGAAAAGAACGUUCAAGAACACCAAGAAGACCAUCAAGUCGCUCACAUUCCAAAUCGGCAUCACCAGUUUUCAAAAGUCGUGGACGCCGUGUAUCUCAUUCAGCAUCGCCAGCAGAUGCUUAA